AUGAGGUCGGAGCGAAUGAGCCGCGUGUGCAUCGUUGUCCUGGAGGAGGUGGAGGACGACGAGCCCUCCCCUCUGCAUUCCAAAAUCACACAGGACCACGUUUCCCAGCAUUCAGCUCCUCAAUCCAACACUCAGGAAGAGAAGCCUUCGUUGUUGAAAGCUAUAUUCAAUGUGAAUCCAGACGAAGUUCGCUCUCUCAUAUUCAAGAAAGAAGAUGUCAAUGUGCAGGAUAACGAGAAGAGGACUCCUCUACAUGCUGCAGCUUACUUGGGUGACGCUGAGAUCAUCGAGCUUCUCAUUCUGUCAGGAGCGAGAGUAAAUGCCAAAGAUAAUAAGUGGCUGACCCCUCUUCACCGAGCUGUGGCCUCCUGCAGCGAGGAUGCCGUUCAGGUGCUGCUGAAGCACUCUGCUGACGUAAAUGCGCGGGACAAGAACUGGCAGACGCCGCUGCACGUGGCGGCGGCCAACAAAGCGGUGCGCUGCGCUGAGGCACUCGUCCCCCUGCUCAGCAACGUCAACGUGUCGGACCGCGCUGGACGCACCGCACUGCACCACGCUGCCUUCAGCGGCCACUUGGAGAUGGUGAAGCUUCUGCUGUCCAGAGGAGCCAACCUUAAUGCAUUUGACAAGAAGGACAGGAGAGCUAUCCACUGGGCUGCGUAUAUGGGUCAUAUGGAGGUGGUGCGCUUGCUGGUGUCUCAUGGUGCGGAGGUGGCGUGUAAAGAUAAGAAAGCCUACACACCACUCCAUGCUGCAGCCUCCAGCGGGAUGAUCAGUGUGGUUAAAUACCUGCUGGAUCUGGGGGUGGAUAUCAAUGAGCCUAAUGCGUAUGGGAACACUCCGCUGCAUGUGGCGUGUUAUAACGGUCAGGAUGUGGUCGUGAAUGAGCUGAUUGAGUCAGGUGCUAAUGUCAACCAGGUGAACGAGAAGGGCUUUGCGCCACUGCACUUUACUGCCGCCUCCCGCCAGGGGGCGCUGUGCCUGGAAUUAUUAGUGGGUAACGGAGCAGAUGUGAACAUCAAGAGUAAAGAUGGGAAGACCCCACUUCACAUGGCCGCCAUUCAUGGCAGGUUCUCCAGAUCUCAGGCUGUCAUUCAGAGUGGGGCCGAGAUAGACUGUGAAGAUAAGAACGGGAACUCUCCUCUGCACAUAGCCGCCCGAUAUGGCCACGAGCUCCUCAUCAACACCCUCAUCACCAAUGGAGCCAACACAGCAAAACGAGGCAUUCAUGGCAUGUUUCCCCUACAUCUGGCUGCACUCAGUGGCUUCUCGGACUGCUGCCGAAAACUUCUGUCAUCUGGUUUUGACAUUGACACGCCUGAUGACUUUGGCAGGACGUGUUUACACGCAGCAGCAGCAGGAGGAAAUCUUGACUGUUUAAAUCUGCUGCUCAAUACUGGCGCAGACUUCAACAGGAAGGACAGAUUUGGAAGGACGCCACUUCAUUACGCGGCCGCUAACUGUAAUUAUCAGUGCCUGUUUGCACUUGUGGGCUCAGGAGCCAGUGUGAACGACAUGGACGUGAGGGGCUGCACCCCUUUGCACUACGCUGCGGCUUCAGACACCGAUGCCAAAUGCUUGGAGUAUUUGUUACGUAAUGAUGCUAACCCAGGGAUCCGGGACAAACAGGGCUAUAAUGCAGUACACUAUGCCUCAGCCUACGGUCACCGCCUCUGCCUCGAAUUGAUUGCCAGUGAAACACCACUGGAUGUGCUGAUGGAAACAUCUGGGACAGACAUCCUGAAUGACACAGAUGGACAGACUCCCAUCAGCCCUUUGCACUUAGCAGCGUAUCAUGGUCACCACCAUGCUCUGGAGGUGCUGGUUCAAUCUCUGUUGGACCUGGAUGUACGUACGGCGCAGGGACACACGCCACUGGAUCUGGCUGCAUUUAAGGGCCAUGUGGAGUGUGUGGAUGUGCUCAUCAACCAGGGAGCCUCCAUACUGCUCAAAGACUACACACAGAAGAGAACACCCAUCCAUGCUGCAGCCAUGAACGGCCACUUGGAAUGCCUCCGCCUGCUGAUUGGCAAUGCGGAACCUCACACAGCUGUGGAUGUCCAGGAUGCGAAUGGACAGACUCCACUGAUGCUGGCAGUGCUGAAUGGGCACACAGACUGUGUCUACUUCUUGCUCAGUAAAGGAACCAGUGUGGAGGCCAGGGACAAAUGGGGCAGGACAGCCUUGCAUCGCGGGGCAGUGACAGGGCAUGAGGCAUGUGUGGAGGCACUUUUACAGCAUGGUGCCAGUCUGCCCGUGCGUGACAGUAGGGGACGCACUGCUAUGCACUUGGCAGCAUCUUGUGGUCACAUUGGGGUGCUGGGGGCACUGCUGCAGGCCACACAAUCCCUGAACACAGUGCCUGUCAUUAUGGACAACUGUGGCUACACUCCACUCCAUUGGGCAUGCUACAAUGGUCAUGAUACAUGCGUUGAGGCUCUGUUAGAGCAGGAGGCCUUCCACAAGAUGGAGGGCAACUCCUUUAGUCCACUUCACUGUGCUGUAAUCAGUGAUAACGAAGGGGCAGCUGAGCUGUUGAUUGACACGCUCGGUCCUGCUAUAGUUAAUGCUACGGAUUCCAAGUCCAGGACGCCUCUACAUGCUGCAGCCUACACAGACCACGUAGAGUGCCUGCAGCUUCUUCUGGGCCACAAUGCCCAGGUGAACGCCAUAGACGCACUGGGCAAAACACCCCUCAUGAUGGCUGCAGAGAAUGGCCAGACCAACGCUGUUGAAGUACUUGUGAGUAGAGCGAAGGCAGACCUCACUCUACAGGAUGCAAAUAAGAACACAGCCCUGCAUUUAGCCUGCAGCAAGGGGCAUGAAACUAGUGCCUUGUUAAUUCUGGAGAAGGUCACAGACAGGAACCUUAUCAAUGCUACAAAUGCAGCUCUACAGACGCCGCUGCAUGUUGCUGCUCGCAACGGACUCACAGUGGUGGUACAGGAGCUUUUGGGAAAAGGAGCUAGUGUGCUUGCUGUGGAUGAGAAUGGUUAUACCCCAGCCUUAGCCUGCGCCCCAAACAAAGAUGUGGCUGACUGCCUAGCACUGAUUCUGGCCACCAUGAUGCCCGUGUCUCCUGGCAGUGCUGGUGCCGUGCCAGGCCUCACCUUCAGCACCAUAAACCACUACUGCAGCCCGUCAAAGGCUGUGACCUUCGACCCUCUACCGGCACUGCGAUCUGAGCACGGAUCCUAUUGCAGCUUCAACAGCCUGGGCCGAGAGGACGGCCUCAUUGUCCCUGACGAUGAACUCAACGACUCAGACUCAGAGACUUACUAAAGACUGUACGCAGAAUCUGUAGUUUGUGUGAUUCUUUUACUCUAUUAAGGACGACAUUUCAUUUUUAAUCCGAGAGUCACUGAGCCAAAUGGCCACUAGUUCUCUACUAUUUUGUUUUGUACAGCUACAGAGUGCCUGGAUUGUUGGAGAAGCUAACGCUAUAGUCCUGAAUCACACAUUAAAGUGAUGGACUUGGUGUGGAAUGUUACUUUAAGCUAUUGCUGAACUGGGGAUAAUGGUGACCACCACUUUUGUGGGUUCCCUUUCCUCUUAGGCCUGUAUAGCCAAUGUCUCAGGAGACUUUAGAGACUGAUAGAGCUGGAGAAAAAGAAGGACAUGGUUGACCUUAUACAGUACAGUCUGCGGUUUCUGGCUACUGUUUCAACAGUCAUCAUGUGUUUUAUCUCCAAACGUUCUUUCAACAGGCUUUUUAAAAUUCAGACGCAUUUUGGUUUCCCCAUUGUUUCGAAGAAGAGGACCAUGGCCUUAAUGGUAGACUGAACUUUAAUGACGACUACUGUGGGACUACAGUUCCCAGAAACCUCCUCUCUGGCAGUAAGAGGAGGGAGCAUGAACCUUUAGAACUGAAGGCUGUGGAACCCAGCCAAUGGGACCAAGUUGAUCCCCCAACCAGUUUUUUUGAAGCAGCAUGACUUCAUUUAGGGUUGUCUUUUUCCUUUUUCCUUCGUUGAUUUUAUGGCUAAUUUAUUGCAAACAAGAUCAACCAAGACUUGGACUGCUGUGAAUGUUAAAGUGCUGUCAAGUGCAAAUUUUCAGUCCCUGUUGCUGCACAAGUGAGUGAAUGAUUGAAGACCUUUUUUUUUAGCAGAAGUUUUCUUAAAAAGGCCUCGUCACACAUUUCUUACCUAUGAGUCUGAGACCAGCUAUCAAGGUGCCGACAGGGUUUCUACAUGUUCAGCUCUGGUCUUUGGUGAAUCACAGCAUUUGGUAUACUGUAACUCAAAACAGAGGAAAAAUGAGUGUAUAGUUUUGUGCGCGUGUGGCUGAGAGUGUGAAUGCUUGUGUGUGUUGAGAAAGAAUUGCCUUUUAUAUAAGAUUGCAGAGAAAUUGAGGGUAGGUCUACGGCCUGCCCACUUGGUGCAUUGUUGAAAUGAUUACUAAUAAAUCAUGAAUUAUA